AUGCUCCUUGAAACAGGCAAGGUCAAUAUCGAUACGAAAGAUCCGUACAGCCAGACACCGUUGUCCUGGGCUGCCAAGAAUGGUCAUGACACCAUUAUCAAGAUACUCCUUAACACGGGUAAGGUUGAUGUCGAUGUAAAAGAUUCGUAUAGUCAGACACCAUUGUCGUGGGCAGCUGAGAACGGCCACCACACUAUUGUUAAGAUACUGCUUAAUAUAGGCAAGAUCGAUAUUAAUACAAAAGAUUAUUAUGGCCAGACACCGCUGUCGUGGGCUGCUGAGAACGGCCAUGACACCAUUACCAAGAUGCUCCUUGACACAGGCGAGGUCGAUGUGGAUGCAAAAGAUAAAUAUGGCCGAACACCGCUGUCGUGGGCUGCCGAGAACGGCCACGACACCAUUAUCAAGAUACUCCUUGACACAGACAAGGUCGAUGUCGAUGCGAAAGACUCUUAUGGCCAGACACCGCUCUCGUGGGCUGCCAGCAACGGCCACGACAUCAUUGUUAAAAUGCUUCUUGACAAGGGGAAUGAAGUGGAAUGUAGAUGUUGA